GUGAUUCCUAAAAAGUGGGAUCAAAACAAGAAAAAAAUGCACUUGCAAGCCACCUUAUUUAUUGACAAGGAAGUGGAAUCUUGUACAGAAUAGUUCAACGAAUAAGGAAAUAUUAAUCUACCAUACUACUGACAAUGCCAGAGCAAGGAAGAAAAAGAAUGCUUAGUCAAGCAGCUGAGGGAUCAGACCAAUGCAGGACCAGGGGAAAUUUUAAGAAAACGAAAACUUCUAACAAUCCUUCUAAUGAAAAUCCACCUACAACAUCACAUGAGAUCAAAGAGAAUGAAAGUAUGGAAGAAACAUUCUCAUCUCCGCAAAAUUUUGAAACUACAAGCGAUCAUCACAAAAACACAAAGGAACCAUGCGCGAAAAGCAAAAUGGAGAAAGAAUUGCAAAACACACAGAACCAUCUUGAAGAAAUUGAAGAUUUAACUAACGAAAACCUAGAAAUUUCUUUCUCCUCCUCAUUGCAUGAAACAUUAGAUGAAGAUGAAAUGUCUGAAGAAGCAAGCAACAAGGUCAAUGCAUCGGUGUCGGGGUCUGCCAUGAGGUCAUAUGAUUUGAUAUCUGAUAAAGGAGCCAACUUCCUUAAACUCUGCUAUUUUAUCUGUAGAUUAGUUACCAAGGCUGCUAGAACAUGGUUUAAGUCCAAGUACCCGGAACGAAAAUUAAAGAAAAAACAAAAGAAACUAAGGAAAGCAAUGGGCAAUGACAACAACAAAACAUUUCUUAAACAAUCAGACGAGGAAAUUAUGGUCAUUUACGACGCACUAGAUAUUUCAUCAAUAGUGUACCUAUCAAGAAAACUCGGUACGAAUUCAGAGUGGAAGAAUUGCAAGUAAACGACCACUCCGAUGUAGCAGAAUUAAGAAGAAUCUAUGAGAUUAGGAAUAAAAUCGCCCACAAUAAUGUAGUAGAAAUAGAUGAAACCGACUUCAGAAAAA